AAGACAACACCGUCUAGAACAAGAGGAUUAAUUAGGUAAGCCAGUCAUUCACCAUGGCACAUGCUAGGAACAACACGCAAUUUCUGUGCUUGGCCGUAGCUCUUCUAGUCACGUUGGCCUCCUUGACCUGCAACGCCAAGGACACAGAUCCUAACACAUACAGUGAAUCUGUGUCGAAAUGCAAGAGACCGAUGGAUGAUUAUGGCAUGCGCAACUGCAACAAAGUAUAUUGUGCAAGGAACAACACGGAAACUAACAUAUACUGUCAAUCUAUGUGGGAAUGCAACAGACCAGUUCAUGAUUAUGACCAGCGCAAGUGCCGAAAAUUCUGCGUAAGCAUGGGCUACGACUACCUCAGGAGCUAUUGUGAGCACCACCCCUACCAUAAGUAAUCUCAAUUCGAUGACUUUGGGUGAUAUCUGGAUGAUGAUGCUUGUCAUGUGCUACUUACAGAAGCUGUAGCUGUUUGUGUGUGUGUGUGUUCAUCUCAUCCCAUUGUAAUAACCAAAGCAGUUCAUCAUUACUGUUCGUGGAAUAAACAUGAUUUCCCCGCAAAAAA